UAGCCUAAUUUAACCUAGUUACUCCGAGAGAGCGCCUCAGGGGCGUGCAUCGCUGAUCGCCACACGUUCUUGAGGCACAAAUUCAAGAUCGCACGGGUACAAAAAAGACGUCCAGUCUUUAUAUAGAUUGUAAUCAUUGUCGAGCGUUUAUGUGAUGGGCGUAAUUUUCUUAGAACAUAUCGGAGGUACUCGUUUGUUCUCUUGUGCUUCUUGUGACACCAAUCUUACAAACAGAGGUCAGCUGAUAAGCACGCGUUUUACGGGCGCUACAGGACGUGCUUUUCUCUUUAACAAAGUCGUCAACUUAAAUUACAGCGAGGUACAGGAUAGAGUGAUGUUGACGGGUCGUCACAUGGUCCGAGAUGUCAGCUGCAAAAACUGUGAUGCUAAACUUGGGUGGGUGUAUGAAUUUGCAACAGACGACAAUCAACGAUAUAAGGAAGGUCGUGUCAUCCUGGAACGUGCUUUAGUCACAGAGAGCGAUGGAAUGGGCGAUAAUAUUUAAUUACCUCGCGACAAUUAACACAUCUUAGGAUAAGAAUAUAUUAGUCAACAUAAAUCCAUUGUUCCAUUUCUCCAUUGUUAAUUUUGUGAAUUAUUCACUGAGCGUAUGACAAUUUAUAUUUAAUAUUGAUUAUUUUUGUAAACAUUAAACAUACUUUAUCUCGUGGUAUUGUAUAUAUCUUUGAUGAUCUGCCACUUCUUUAUUUAACUUUUCAUUUGAACAUGUAUAUCGUAUUAACCCUAAAUUGAAAUAAAGAUUUAGACCAUAUU